AUGCCCAAACCCUUACUCCGUCUCUUUAGCGGCGGUGCACCCCCUCCCCCUCCCCCGCCUCCUCCACCUCCUCCGCCGCCCCAACAACACCAGGCAAACACUCCAGACCGGAGCACUUUAAACGCCGACAUCACGCGCGGCAUCCGUCUCCGAAAAACCGUGACCCGCGACCGCAGCGGCUUAGAUGGCAACAUCAGCAGCGCGAGCAGCAGCUGCUUCCGCGGCGACAGGGCGGAGGUUGAUGCGGCGGGGGACGGGGCGCCGCAGCUGGCGGGUAUGUUUGCAGGUGGGAUACCGAAGUUGAAGAGUCGUGGGGGUGUGGCAACUGGAGAUCAUCGUCGUAUAUUUCUUCUCCGGGGCGGUCAGCCUCUCCGAGUGCCCCGGCAGCCCCGGCAAUUUCUACAGUGCCUACAGUACCUCCUCGGCCCAUACCCUCCAGCUCCUCUAGCUCCGCCUCCAGCCCUUCAGUCCAGCGGCACCCGCCUCCCAUUCCGGCAAACCGCCCCAAUUCUGCCUCUCACUACCGCAGUGCACCCAUCUCACCGCCUCUACCCACCUCCGCACCUCCCCGUCCGCUCGGUUUCCGCAAAACCUCCGCCCCGCUCCUCUCUGAAACAGGGCGCCUCAAUACCUCUACCUCGCACCUCAGACCUCCCGCGCCCCGUGCCCCUCAUCACUCCCCACAUCCUCGUCCACAAGUCCGCAGAUGAGGCCCGCUGUUGUCGCGGCCAGAAAAGCGACAGGCGACAUGUAUGCGGGCCGCACGCCGCCAGAGCCGCCGUCGAGGCCGGCUCCGCGCGGGAGGCGCGAGAGGACUAG